AUGUUCGGGAAGCCGAACAGCGCCUCGAGGGCUGCGCUGGACGCCGGCCAGGUCGCCGUUGGGGAGCACCACCUGGCCGUCAAGUCUGACCUCAAGGAGGUCGCGCUCCGCGCGAGCAAGUCCCUCGACCUGGACGAGGUGCAGUCGUACAUCCUGCUCUCUCUAAGUUCUACUACUACUCCUAUAUCUGAUUUGUACUACUACGCUGGCACCAAGACCGUGUCCGCCUCGCUGUGGUUGGACACCUUCGUCGCCCUCUGCGACGACCUCGGUCGCGCCGCCGCCUCCCCCUCCACUGCCGUCUCCGAGGCCCUUGCAGAGCGUAUCAAGGGCCACCACGCGUGGCUCGGCGGGGCGGUCUCGAUGUUUGGGAAGUCAAACGGUGCCUCGAGGGCCGUGCUGGACGCGGGCCAGGUCGCCGUGGGGGAGCACCGCCUGGCCAUCAAGCCCGACCUCAAGGAGGCCACGCUUCACGCAAGCAAGUCCCUCGACCUAGACGAGGUACAGUCGUACAUCCUCGUGAAACGAUCUUCAGAGAGCACCCCAACGACCCGUGAUGCUGACCCAAAGAAGCUCCUUCACCCUCAUUUCCCACUAUGGUUCCAAAAUGUAGAGCAAUACCAAACUGCACGGGGACAAAGUCAGGUCCAUUUUCAAUUUAGAAGGGACCUUCGAUGA